AUGUACAAUGUAUUGGAUAAGGAGAGGAGAAACCAGUAUCCUGAUGCAAGAGGUGCAUUUGGCUAUCUGCGUACUUUGCGAAGCACAGAUCCAGACAUGUACUGGAGCCAUAAGAAGUCUGAGAAAGGAAAGUUGCUGAACUUGUUUUGGUGCGAUGGACAAAGUCGUAGAGACUAUGGUGUUUUUGGUGAUGUGUUAGCAUUUGAUGCUACGUAUAGAAAAAACAAAUAUAGUUGCCCACUUGUGGUAUUGUCUGGAGUCAACCAUCAUAACAGGACCAUUGUGUUUGGCACAGCAAUUGUAUCUGAUGAGAAAGAAGAAACCUAUGUAUGGCUGCUGGAAAAAUUUGUGGAUGCAAUGAAAGGCAAAGCUCUUGUAUCUGUCAUUACUGAUGGAUGCAAGUCCAUGAGGAAUGCGAUUAGAAGAGUAUUUCCCGAUGCCCACCAUAGGUUGUGUGCGUGGCAUUUAUUGGAGAACGCAGGAAGGAAUGUGAAGAAGCCCAAAUUCGUAGAAAUGUUUAAAAGAUGCAUGUUGGGUGACUAUGAGGUGGCUGGGUUUGAAGAUAGGUGGGAAAAUAUGGCGAUAGAAUUUGAAGUUCAAGAUGAACCAUGGGUGAAGGAGACGUAUGAGAAGAAGGAAAUGUGGGCUUCUGCAUACAUGCGCGGUCAGUUUUUUUGUGGUUUUAGGACCACCUCGCGAGUUGAAGGCUUGCAUGCUCAGCUCGGUAGAUAUGUGAAUUAUAAAAAUAAUUUGUGUAAUUUCUUGAAGAACUUUCACAGGUUCAUGACCUACUUUAGGUUCAAGGAGGUUGAAGAUGACUUUAAUUCAACACAUGGGGAACAAGUGUUGUUGACAUCUCUAAAAGCACUGGAGAGGUCCGCAUCAAAGAUCUACACGCGUAACAUAUUUCUUCGUUUUAGGGCUAUUCUUCAAAGGGCUUCAACUUGGAGGGUUUUUGGAUUCAAGAGAACAGCAAUGUGUGUUAUCUACUUUGUGAAGCAUUACCCCUCAACUGGAAGGAAUUGGCAAGUUACUUAUUAUGAACCUACUAGUGAGUUAAAGUGCAGCUGUGAGAGAAUGGAGUCAGUAGGCCUUCCUUGUGAUCACAUUGUUUCUAUGAUGGUGCACAUAGACAUGGUUGAGAUUCCUAAAUCCCUUGUUCUUGGUAGGUGGACUAUUAAUGCUAAGGAAUCUAUUGAGGGCUUUGGAGAAACUGAAAUGAAUGAAUGGGAUCAACUAACAGUCUGUCGAUAUUCUGCAUUGCUUGCAAGUUGUAGAAACCUGUGCAAACUUGCUUGUCGUACAAGUGCACAAUUUCAAGAGACCAAAUCACUUGUAUUUGAGCACUGUAAAAGACUGAGCAGUAAUUCACAGGUUGACGUGACAGCUGGAGAUGGUGCUGCUGACCAUGGUGCAACAGUUGAUGAGGGACAGGGUGAGGAAGGUGAAGAGAGGCACAUUAGGAAUCCUGAUGUUGUCAGAUCUAAGGGAUGUGGGGCCAUUAUCUAUCAACGGUCAAUGAAAGGUAAGCGUACUCUUCGCGGUGGUAUCUGUGGCAAGCCAGGACACAACCGCACAACAUGCACACGUAGAGAUGGCCAAACGUCUACUCAACAAGGAACUCAAGAGGGAUCUAUUGGUGCUGGUCUCACCCAGAGACUAUUUGAAGAAGAAAAUGAAAAUGUUUGA